AGCUGUUUUAUCGCUUGUUUUAUAAGUUGGACAACUUUAUUCCCUGUCUUAAUUCUGAAAAUUAAGUAAAUUUGGUAUGAUUAGAAGCCUUUUACGCAGCUUCGAGACGGCGCUCAAGCUGCAUGCAAGCUCAAAUACAGCUUCAUUGAACUGCAGCAGGCGCCUGCUCUUUUCGCAGUACGAAAACCGCGCCAGUCUGAGCAAAUCCCCGCUGACCACCAGUGGCACUUUAGGGAGCAACGAGGCGGACAACGAUUAUGUGCCUUAUCGCCAGGACCAGGAGACGGGCACCAAGGCGCGGGUGCUUCUUGAAACUCUGCGGGAACGCUUUCGCUUCACGGACGCUGAGCUGCAGAGGAUAAUGAGCGACGAGCUGGUGCACCGCUGCUACCGCGGAAGAUCGCUGGCUCUGACCAUGGACACACUGCAGCUAGAGGGCGUCAGCAGGCGCAGCUUCGUGGAGUAUCCUUGGCUUCUGUCCCUGGACAACAAACGCUUGGAGCUAAAGCUGCAGCUAAUCAAGUCAAUGGAGUUUAAGGACAUCAAUCAUUUUGUGCCCUUCCUGCGCCUCACUGUCCCACGCCUCCGGAAACUGGUAGGUGCUCUAAACUCCGAGCGGGUCACGAUGCCACAAGGAAAUCGGGUCUACUAUAUCAGCGAAAAGCUGGAAGUCAGUCCCGAUAUUGUGAGCAAAUAUCUAUCGAAGAGACUGUUUAUCCUCGAAAUGCCGUAUGAGAUGUUCGAAAAGAACCUGCAGCACAUGAUCGACUACAAUGUGUCGCCGAUAAACGUCCUCAAGGAUCUCUGGGCCUUUCGCUAUACACCAAAGUCUGUUCAGUUGCGUUUGGAGCGCGCCAAGCGGGCGAAGAAGGACAAGAUCAUGCCGUGGAUGGUGCGCUGCCCGGAGCCCAUACUGCAGCGCUCCUUGAAGCUUUCACUCGAUGAGCUGAAGGUUUUGGGGGAGUUCUCCUCCGUGGUGGAAUACUUAGCGCAUCGUCUUGGAUUCAGCGCUAGUGAAGCGAAGGCAAUCAUGGACAAGCAUCCGCAGGUGCACACCGUGCGAGUGACCAAGAUUAAAGAGGUGCUGGACUACUUACUCGAUGAGGCCCAGUUUACAAGAUUUGAGGUGGCUCAAGUUCCUCGAAUUCUGUGCCAUAGCCUGAAAACCACAAAGAAGCGCAUGGAAGAACUAAAAUCGCACGGUUGUCGACCCUCCUCCCUCGUAAUUCUUUGUCGCAGCCGGAGGGAGUACGACAAGUUUCUGCAGCACUGGAUUAGCCAAGAAAGAAAUCCGCAAAGUGUAUCAGAAGGAUGAUGUUGAAUGAACAGAUGCCAUCACCGUCAAAGAAAAAGUUUAUAAAGUUUUUGAAAGUUAGGUCACUAUUUGCAGACGUUUGGCACAAAAUUGAACAAUAAUAAAUGCCAAUAUUGCAAGAAA